GUUUAAGAGUCAGGCUGUUUGAAACGGCAAAGCAAGCACCUUCCAACUGACGACUAACUUGUGAAACGGGCAAGCGUGAGACCUUGUGUGGUUAUAUUUAAGGGUUAAGGGUUUCUGGAAAGCGGUGCUACUUACAGAGAUGUCCUCAGACGAAGAGGAACCGACCAGUCCCGUUCUGCCCAAAGACUCGGACCGGGGCAGCUCUGUGUCCUCUGAGCUUCAGGAUGAGUAUGAGGAGCUCCUUCGCUAUGCUGUUGUCACCCCCAAGCUCGACAUGCUUAGCGUUCAGAUGAAGCAGCAGCGCGCCUCACAUCUGUCUGCAGUGGGUGGGAGUAAAGAUGACACAAAGUCCCAGCAUUUACCAGAUCCUCCCACAGAAGCUAAGGAUGGGAGGCACUCUAGCAGGAGUGUGAGAUCAUCACAGGCCUCCCCCUUGAUUGUUGAGCCCCCAACACACUCGAGAGCCUCUCAUGCUGAGAAGAUGGCAGGUCAGUCAUCUAGCAGGACAUCGCUGCUCUCAGAUGAUCCUUCAGAAAGGUUACAGGUGGUGUCUGAGAGGUCCAGGCGAGAUACCCCAGAACCCUUUGAGUUUGCUGUGACGGAGCUGUUUAUUUCAGAGGAGAACAUAAACAGGAUGGAGAACAUUCUGGACACGUGGAGCAACAACCUCAAGUCAAAUGUGCUGACGGAGCUACGGAAGUGGAAGUUGGCCUUCGUUGAGCAACACAAGAUGGAGAUGAUGAAGGAGAGGGAGAGGCAUGCAGCCCAGACAGCUGGCCUGAAGUCAGAGCUAGAUAGCCUUAAACAGCUGCUACAUACCUACGAGACAUCCAACCAAAGGAAAGAUGAGGUGAUCGGGAACCUGAGCCAAGUGUUAGACAGACAAAAAGAAAAGCUCGAGAAGAUGAGGGCAUUCACACACUGGAGACUUCAGCACAUUGAGGCUAAAGAAGAGGCUCAUUCUUCUCAGGUGGCACGGCAGCACUACAAUUUGCAGCUGAAGAAGAAGGUGUGGUUUGCCUGGCACUCUCUGAUCCAGAAACACUGGAAGGUCAAGAUGGAGAGAGCGUGCCGUUCAAGGGCUGAAGAGGUCUGCUCCCGCAUGUCUAUGGAAUAUGAGUCUAAGCUAGCAGAGCACUGUGAGGCUAUAGAGAAGGCCCAGGCAGAGAUUCAGCGACUACGACUAGAGCGAGAGCGGUAUGAAGAAUCCAUGAAGAAAGCCUUCAUGAGGGGCGUAUGUGCUCUCAACAUGGAGGCUCUCAACAUGUUUCACUCUACAGAGGGACGGCCAGGGGACCCUUCAGCUCACGAUCAGCAUGUUCCUCUGCCUCCUCAGGAUGAGCAUGGCUCUGCCGCUAUGGCUCCGCUUCAGCCAUAUCCCACCUCUUCCACACGGUUCAGUCCAGUCCAUUUUGACCACCCAGACCCGUCCCACAGUGAAGCAGAUGAUAUGAUGGGCUCUGGUGCCCCCAUGUCCCAAGAAGAAGCACUCCCUCCCACUACAGUGGUGCACAGCUCACUCCCUCUUGGGGGAAUUACAAGUUCUCACAAAAAGGUCAGUAGUCGUGUCGUCACAGCAAGUCAGCAAAAACCCUCAAAGACUGUAACGGCUCGUAUCACUGCGCGCCAUGAGGCCAGUAAGGCGGCACGUAGCAGCCUGCAGGUGAUGGGAGUAACUCCACCCAUGAGCUCUGUGAUAGUUGAACGGCAUCAUCCUGUUACACAGCUCACCAUUGGGCAAGCCACAGCUGCUAAGUUCCCUCGCUCUUCCCAACAAGGCCACACAUCCGCUGCAGGCAGACGGCACAGAACACACAGCAGCUCCUGUCACACACACUCCAUCAAAGUAGUUGACUGAUCACACACACAUAUCUCGCACAAAGAUGUUCUUCAGCUCGUCUCAAUUUAAGACUUAACACCAGCUAUGCAACAAUCCUAAUUGCUGGAAUUUCUUUUACCUUGAUAUGAAGGCCAUUUUAUAUUUUUUAAAUUGUUCUCGACUUUUAAAUGUGAAUGUGUUUCGUUUGGAAUUAUUACAGACUGAACAGAAGUUUAGAGAAUUCCAAAAUGGAAAUUUAUUACUUUAUUUAAAAUUAUGCACAGAUGACAGUGUACUGUAAGGUGGCAGUCCAAUACCACAUGUUGUUUACUUGACUAAACCAAAGCGAUAUGCUAAUGAUCUGACGCACAACAUUAUUUCUAAAAUAAAAUAUUUUACUGCAAA